AUGUCAGCUCCUUGGGCUCGUGCCACUAGCUUCUUCACCAACAUUCCAGUCACUCUGGAUCCAGAAUAUAGUUAUGCACCAUACGAAGAGGUUGGCGGCAAGACUGCAGCCGAGGUUCUCAAACAAGUUGACAAGAUUCUUCAGACCACUAAUACCGUGCUCGAGAACCACAAGGAUUACCUACCAUCUACUCAGUUCUCCGAGCUUAAGAAGGCCUAUUGCAGGUACCAUUGGCAAAUGACCAACGAAUCGCAAGAGGAUCGCACAUACUACGACCAGCGUAUCAGGGAAAGUCGUAUAUUGUCCCAACUUUAUGCCGAUCGGGCAACCCAACAUGAUCGAGCAAAAAUUCUCCUACGGGAGGUGGAAACCUAUCAAACUAGGGUGUUGUCCGCAAGUCGGAAUGCACAACUAUCUGAAACAUUGGUUAAGUUCGAGGAUGAGUUGACUGAGUCUAUAAGCACUGGGUCCAAGGCAUCUGCCCUCCAAUCAUACACAUCUUGGUUCUCUUUAUUUGGUCGGCCUAGCCGUUCAUCGUCAACAGACAUUGAGAUCGGGCAGGCGCAGUCCGACCCCGCUCCUGCUUAUGAUGCCGAAGGUCUGUAA